UGUGACAUGUACUAUGAUGGAUUACAGAAAAAACCUAGUUGGCUGUGAUCAUGCAUACUGGACCAACAAUAACGACGAAAUACCGGGAAGAGUGAAGGACCUGGAUGCGAUCUACUACUACACACAAUGUAACCGUUCUCUGAGCGAGGAACCAGGCCAGAUGUCAGAUCGCUGCCCGUCCAGCUGUGAUGCAAAUAAUGGAAAGUCGUACAUUGCGAUAAACAUCACAUUUAAGCUUGAUUAUACCUCUGCAAGCAAACUAACAGCUAUUGAGAUCAAGCUGUUUGGUCUAUACGGAGGGUUCCAUGGAGGGAAGACAUGGUGUGUACUUUACGAAUAUGGGAAAGGAAAUGUCACCUAUAACGAUGCAAAGAAUCAUAUCUUCUAUUACGAUGGCUUUAUCGGUCUUGUUCCUGGCUAUGAGUAUGAAGUUGGUAUACGAGGUUUACCAACAGCCAGGGUAGAUGAGAGCACCUGGAGUAAAUUUAAGAUCAAAACUCGUCCUUGUUGGAAACCAUUCAUAAUGUGGCACCUUACUCCCUUCGCUCUCAAUUUUACUUUAAUCUUGAAUAGUCAAGAUGAUUACAAGGAUAGCAUUGAUGAAUACUACAUUGCUGUCUAUUCAUCAGGCAGUUCCUCUUCGAUCCACGGCGAACAAAUUAUACAGAAUAAAUAUAACACGACACAAGUUGUAUUCGGAUGCCUGGAACCACAUAACUACACCCUUGAGAUUCGUGCGAGGGGAACUUGCGAGUCCUGCCUACCAUACGUAAAGGAGAAUCUCACUAUUUUCAGUGCCAAGCCUCUGGUCACCGCAUGCCCGGACAAUAUAACGCUGUACACAGAGUUUGGAGGGAAUGUUAGUGUUACAUGGCCCAUCCCAUCGGCCAGUUCUCCGUGCCCGAGUCUUGCCCCCAUCAAAAGCAAGCAGUCACAUCAUCCUGGGGAUGUUUUCCAGGAAGGAACAAUCACUGAAGUCCGAUAUGAUUUCUCGCAAUACUACCAGGACGAUAAUGCAACGUGUUCAUUCUUCAUUCAUAUUCUGAGUGACACCGAUCCCCCAGUUGUGACAUGUGCAAACAUAACUCUCCCAACCGAAUCACCAAACACCUUCAAUGGACUGAUAGACGGUGAAAGCUACACCUAUGCCGAUGCCAACCCAGACCCCAAGGGGAUAACUUACAAUGUCACCCAAGGCAUUACGGGAGAUCUAUUCCCACAGGGGUACACACCUGUGACCCUCGUUGCGAAGGACACAUUCGGCAACAAAGCUACAUGUGUGUUCUACGUAGAGAAUGUUUUAACGGAGCUCCCGGUCAACUGUCCCAGCCUAGAUCACACUGUAACCACAGAUCCAGGCAAGGAUACAUACACUUUUCAUCCUAGUUUCGGAGAACACAACAUCACCAAAUCUGUAGCCGGAUACAUAUAUCACGGAGAUACUGUAGUUAUGGAAAUAACACUUGGGGGUUCCCCGGUUGGAACUAGCGUAUCCAUAGGAGCUCAUGAGAUAGUCGUGAUCAUCCAUGAUGACGUUCUGAACAAAACGUGCAGAGGCCUCUAUACUGUUACGGAAGAACAUUUUCCAACUGGAUCUGUACCGAUUGCUAUUAUUGUGGGAUCUGUUCUCGGAAUAGCUCUGGCUAUCCUUGCUCUCUUUACGAUCAAUAACUACUGGCCAAAGGAGCCCGGAGAAUCCAGGCUUGGGACUUGCUUGGAAAAGCUUAGAAAUUUGACAGCAACGGACCCAGAGAAUAAACUACCUGGUGAUUACACUUCCGAAGCAUUUUAUUCUCGCGUUGAUCAAGGAAAGACCAUUGAACCCGGCAUUGAUCUUAACAUCCUUGUAAAUGCACCAGAACCCAGUGAAUAUUCAUCUGCUACGAAUAUCAACGACAUUAAAAUGCAUAAGUGUGAGAUUCAUCCUGAUUCACCCGGAAGCCAACAUGAUACAGGUUUCGAUACGGGGACUGGUGUCGUCUACUCACAAGAACACUUACAACACAGUACAGAAGACGGGGAUGUCGACGAGAGAGGAGAAUCAAGUGGGGGCACCAGCUGGCCAUUAUUACAGCAUUCGGAUACAUCUGUAGCGGAUUCAGAUACCCUCUGA